AUGUUGGAACAAACACUAGACGAUAAUGUUUCUGAAAAUGACGAAGAAGAAAUUUUCUUUCAAGAUGUGGAUAUUUUACAAAAGCAUGGUAUUAAUGUAGCAGAUAUUAAAAAGUUAAAAGGUGCUGGUAUUUGCACUAUAAAAGGAAUUCAAAUGUCUACGAAAAAGAAGCUUUGUAAUAUAAAAGGAUUUUCUGAUGCGAAAGUUGAAAAGAUAAAAGAAGCUUGUUUAAAAGUUGUCUCUUUAGGUUUUAUGACUGCUCUUGAAGUCAGUGAUAAACGGAAGCAUGUUUUUAAAAUAAGUACUGGUAGUAGUGAAUUUGAUAAACUUUUGGCUGGAGGCAUAGAAUCAAUGUCUAUAACGGAAGUAUUCGGCGAGUUUCGAACUGGCAAAACCCAAUUAUCUCACACUCUCUGCGUUACGACACAAAUCCCCAAUUCAUCUGGCUUCAGUGGUGGCAAGGUCAUGUUUCUAGACACUGAACACACUUUCCGCCCUGAUAGAUUGAGACCCAUCGCAGAUAGAUUUAAUCUAGAACAAAAUGCUGUACUGGACAACGUUUUAUACGCGAGAGCUUACACGUCGGAGCACCAGGCGGAACUGCUAGACUUUGUAGCUGCUAAAUUCCACGAAGAAGCCGGCGUGUUCAAACUACUGAUCAUAGAUUCAGUGAUGGCGUUGUUCAGAGUGGACUACUCAGGGCGUGGAGAACUGGCUGAUAGGCAGCAGAAACUGGCACAAGUGCUAUCACGACUGCAAAAGAUUUCCGAAGAGUAUAACGUUGCUGUGUUUAUAACAAAUCAGAUGACGGCAGAUCCUGGCGCUACAUUAUCAUUCCAAGCUGAUCCAAAGAAACCUAUAGGUGGUAACAUCCUGGCGCACGCGUCAACCACAAGGAUAUAUCUUAGAAAGGGAAGGGGUGAAAAUAGAAUCGCAAAAAUAUAUGAUUCUCCAGAUUUACCUGAAAGCGAAGUUACCUUUGCCAUCACUAAUGGUGGUGUUGCCGACUCAAAAGAUUAA